AUGCAGCGAUUUGGUGAUGCUGUUCAGCUGCCGGGUUGUACGCACAAGUUGGGAUAUUUGCAAACAUCCACAGGUAACACAGCUUUGGAUAGCCUACUAGGCGGAAGCCUGCCCAACACGGCGCUUUGUGUUGUCGACGAGCUUUUAACCAGGUGUUAUGGCACAGUUCUGUUGCGAUAUUUCGCCUCCGAGGGUGCUCAUAACGGCCACGACUUGUUGAUUUGUGGACCAGAAGCCAGGGAGCUCCUUCAAAAUCUGCCAACCAGAAUUCAGUCGACUGAUGAAGGCAAAUCACUGCCAAAUUCUGGGCCAAAAGAAGAAGACUUGAAGAUUGCGUGGCGCUAUCAAACAUUGCAAGAGAAAAGCUCUAAUCUAGGUCAAACAAAAUUGCGCUACGAUUUGGGCAAUAACUUGGAGGAGCCAACGAGAUUCGGAAGUAAAAUCGAUGUCCUUGAGAAUGAUUCGUACGAAACUCUGCUCGGCGCUCUGAUGGAACGAUUGAAAAGCAGCGAUUAUAACAAAAAUGAAAAGUCUCCAAAGAAACGAUUGCUCCGAAUUGUGAUUCGUGGUCUCGGCUCUCCACUUUGGACCGAUCACAAAUUUCUUCCCCGAUUUCUUUGUGAGUUAAGACUUGCUUGUCGUAAUGCUUAUGCAGUGGUUAUGUGCACAAUUGAUACGACAUCGUUUCAGGAAGCGUUAACCCAUCGAAUCGAAACGCUUGCCGAUGCCCUAUUUCGGCUGAAACCAAUCGAGGAGAAAGAGCGCAAAGCAUUAGGAAUCGGUGACAAAGCACAUGGAUAUUUUCAGAUAAUUCAACUGCCUCGAAUCACGUCUGCGGCUCCAUUCAAACCCGAAUCGGUCGAUUUAACGUUCGAGUUGCAUCGAAAGAGCUUCGAUAUAACGGUUAUUCAUCUACCACCGGCUUUUGGCGACGAUUCGACAACAAAAGAGUCGAUCCCGGCUGGAAAAUUCACAUGUUCCUCUGGACUUUCUGCUUUU